GCGGCCGCCCGGCCACGUCACCGCCCGGCGGGACAGCGCUGGCCGAGCGGCGGGAGCGCGGGGCGCGGGACGCACGGGCGGGCGGGGACGUGGCAGCGCCUCGGCCGCCGGGAAGUUUGCCGGGAGUUGGCCGCGCGCGGUGCGGGGCCGCGGCGGCGGCACCAUGAACGUGUUCCGGAUCCUCGGCGACCUGAGCCACCUCCUGGCCAUGAUCUUGCUCCUGGGGAAGAUCUGGAGGUCCAAGUGCUGCUCGGGGAUCUCUGGGAAGAGCCAGAUCCUUUUUGCUCUCGUCUUCACCACCAGGUACCUGGACCUGUUCACCAACUUCAUCUCCAUCUACAACACAGUCAUGAAGGUGGUUUUUCUCCUCUGUGCCUAUGUCACAGUGUACAUGAUCUAUGGGAAGUUUCAGAAAACCUUUGACAGCGAGAACGAUACGUUCCGCCUGGAGUUUCUUCUGGUCCCUGUCAUUGGCCUCUCCUUCCUUGAGAACUACAGUUUCACUCCCCUGGAGAUACUCUGGACUUUCUCUAUCUACCUGGAAUCCGUGGCCAUCCUGCCCCAGCUCUUCAUGAUCAGUAAAACUGGAGAGGCUGAAACCAUUACUACUCACUACUUGUUCUUUCUUGGUCUGUACCGGGCACUAUACUUGGCUAACUGGAUCAGGCGGUACCAGACUGAAAACUUCUAUGACCAAAUUGCAGUCGUGUCUGGAGUAGUACAAACCAUCUUCUACUGCGAUUUCUUCUACUUGUAUGUGACCAAAGUCCUUAAAGGAAAGAAGUUAAGUCUUCCAAUGCCCAUUUGAGGGCCUGAGAUGAUUCUACACCUUAACAAGGACACAGAGCAAGCUAUUUGAAAUGUUCUCCUGGAUGACUUGGGCCAAGUGUUAAAAUCAGAAAAAUGCUUAGUGUGGAUUUCAGCAAAGCACUGAUCUAUCUAGAAGACGUUCUCCCCGGUCCCUUAAAUUAUAGCACCAACAAAAAGUUUAGGCCAAUUACACAAGCAUGGUGCCUCACAUCAACUGUGUAUAAAGAAAUAUUAGGUGCUUAAUCCAUGGAUGGGUCAAAUAAACCAUUGCUCCUUAAGGUCUUAGCAUGACCCUCACGCUAACAGUCAAUCCCAUCCGAAAAGAAGUCUGUGUAUAAGGCAAAUGUCCCCCAAAGAUCAGACUUCAAGUAUUAGAAGCAUGUUGUUGUGAUUUUCACUUUCCAGAUAGAAGACGAAGUUUCGGGAGUGAUACAGAGGUGAUCCAGUCUUAAUGGGUGUGAAAUGUCACUUCACUUUCAACCUGCCUUCAGGCCAUAAGUGAAAGCCAAAUUUAUUAGCUUUGGUUAGACCUAAGUAGUUUCCUCCCUCACUUUUACAAUGGACUUGGGUCUUGCUAUAGCUCACAGCAGGUCUAGACAGUACUUUAAUCCCACCUAGGUGGGUACCGCUACCAUGACCACCAUUUACCAAUAAGGAAACAAAUGCCCAAGCCUUUACCUACUAGGUGCCCAGCCUUGCUUUGUGACUCAAAUUCUUUCAUUAAAUUCAAUCAGUCCCACCUCCCUUUCACAUUUUUAGGUGCUAAGGGGAUUACUCAAUCUGACGUCCCCAAAUUUGAAUAAAAACUGUUAAGAAAACUACCACUGGACUACAGUCAGAUAAUUUUCAAGCAAUAAAAAGUUCACGCCUUA